AUGGCAGCAAGUGUUACAGCAGAAACAUUGGAUAAAAUGAUAGCUGUACUAGAAGAAAUGGGUACCAAAAAAGAGAUUCAAAUGAAUCAAAAAAUAACAUUAGAAGAAAUACUGGCGUUAAUGUCCACUGCUGGGCUAAUUAUGAUGGAAGAAGGUUCGUUGGUUGAAGUUGAAGUGCCGAUCAAAGUGGUUGGCGAUAUUCAUGGCCAGUACGAAGAUAUGCAUAAACUAUUUGGAAUAAUCGGCAAAGUACCAGAAGUGAAAAUGAUUUUCUUGGGAGAUUAUAUUGAUCGUGGACCGCAGUCCAUUGAAACAAUAAUUUAUUUGUUAUGUUUGAAAGUGAAAUAUCGAGAUCGCAUUUUUUUGCUUCGAGGGAAUCACGAGACGCCAGCAGUAAAUCGUAUAUAUGGCUUCUAUAAUGAAUGUGCUCUUAAAUAUGGCGUUGGCUUGUGGUGGGAUUUCCAAUCAUUCUUCAAUCGUAUGCCCAUGGCUGGACUUAUCUCUAAACGUGUCCUUUGCAUGCAUGGUGGAUUAUCACCGCAUCUUACCAGUCUUGAACAAAUCCGUCAAAUUAAACGUCCUUGCGAACCAUUGGAUCGUGGAUUGUUAAUCGAUUUGGUUUGGUCAGAUCCGACAAAUAAAGGAGAUGGAUGGUUCUACUCCCCACGUGGCCUCAGUUAUUCAUUCGGCAAAGGUGCUUUGCUUGCAGCUUGCAAACUGCUAAAAAUUGAUCUUGUCAUCCGGGCUCAUCAGGUUGUACAAGACGGAUACGAAUUGAUGGUUGGUGAGAAACUGAUAACUAUAUUUUCUGCCCCAAAUUAUGCCGGACUGUUUAAUAACGCAGGUGCCGUUGUUUGUAUCGACGACGACUUACAGGUUACUUUUCAACAACUUCGCGUUCCUCCAGGUCCAACUUGCGUGCGGUCUUGUCCAGAAGUAGCCUGUGCUCCUGGUCAAGCUCUCACCUUACCACAGAUAAAGCAGGUAGCAAGCAUAUCUCAGGCAAAAACCAUUGUACCGAGUGCAGGAGAAAUGAAAGAAGGAGAAAAAGAUCAAAAAGACAAUAAGAAGGGAGAUGAGAGAGAAGGAAAGAAGGAAAAUGGCAGUAAGGAUAUCGAAAAGAAAGAGGAAGAGAAGAAAAAGGAAGACGAGAAGGAGAAGAGGGAUGAAGGAAAGAGUACAGAGAAGAAAUAA